AUGUUAGCACAAGAAGUCGGAAAGAUACCAGAUAUGAGUGUAAGGAUUGUGGUAAAGCUCUGUGUCUCGAUCCAUGUUUCAAAGACUACCACUGUAAAAACCCAUUCUCAGAAUAUACAAACAACCGUAAAAGAUGUUGGUGGAGCUGUUGAAAUGAAAUGUUCAGUUUUCAAUGCUAGCGGAGUUCCUGUCGCAUGGAUAAAAUUUGAUAAAAAAGAGCCCACUAAAACCUCUGUACUAUCGAUCGGAAAAAAACUUAUUGUUCGAAAUCCAAGAUUUUCAGUAGAAAUUCAGAACAUACGUGACACAGAUGUAGUAUUCUAUCGUUGUGUUGUGAUGUGUGAUGUCGACGACGGUAUCAAUACGUCUGCAGAUAUUAAGUUGGAAGUGAAUCGGUCUCCAAGCAUUUUAAAACUUUCUUCGUCUCCGGCCACAUUAAUCGCGAGAGAAGGUCGACCGUCGAAACUAGAAUGUUAUGCCGACAGAUACCCUGAACCAAAGAGAUAA